AUGGACACCGACACCGAGAGGGGGUUUGGUCUCAGCAGCCUUGAGAGAACGCUCGACCAGGUAGACCCCGAAUUCGCUGCCCUUGUCCAGUCUGCACGAAACAUGCUCGAGAGCUCUAAGAUCGACCCCGCCUACCCCAAAGGUUGGUUCCAGCCCGAUAACGAAUACGGCAAGAGAUUAGAGGAAAAGCUCGAGGGGUUGGAACUCCCAGACCUUGUCGAGGCUUUUUUCUAUCGCAACGAGACCCGCGCUCUCUACGGUGACCGGGUGAUUAUCACGCGUAGAUCAGCGCCGAAGGGAAACGUACCCCCCGCGUCCCCACGAAAGCUUGAGGACACGUCAUACCCAGAAGUGCCAGGGAAGCUGAACCACAAGAAAGAGAGUCAGAAAAAGCAUGGAGAGCAGGAAGAGGCCAGGCGGAACCGGCAUCGCAGUUGUCAGCACGACAGCCACGCGAGAUGCCCCGAAGUCGCCGCAGAAUGUGGCGCUGAACACGCCAAGUCCAUCAAGGAUACUAGGACUCAAGCCGGCAAGGGCCCGGGCAAAGACGAGCAGCUGUACGCUGCGAUUUACACGCAGGAAAUCGCUGCCCGGCUCGUCCAGGCGCUGAAUGACAGGUGCAUACGGGCCGAGACCACAGUGCGGCUGCUGCUUCAGUCACUGCAGCCAUCACGGCGAAGCGCCUCCUGCGGCGCGCGAGAUGCUGAUUACCUUCGAAAAGGCUCGCCUGGGACAUCUUUCAGUAAGCCCAGCUAUGUGGGCAUUAAAAGAUGCCGGGACAUUGACACGGAAGAUGACCGUCAACGGCAGCGGGCUUGGACGAGGAUCAGGUGCGACAGCGCUGGGUUUGACAGUCGUGGUCCCUCCUUUACAGAGUAG